CCAGCUGAUCCUCGUCUCCCGUCAGCUGUUCCUUGCGAGAGAGAGAGAGAGAGAGAAGGAGAAAGAGAGAGAGAGAGAGAAGGAGAGAAUGGCACGGCUCCUGGCACUGCUGGCACUGGUGGUGGUGGUCUGGGCGCCGCCUGGACACUGCUGGGACUCGGAGGAGAUGGAACUUUUCGAUUUGGUGGAGGAAGUCGGGGAGAAUUUCUAUGAAGUUCUUGGGAUUUCGCAGGAUGCAACAACAUCGGAGGUUAAAAAGGCUUACCGUCGACUGUCCCUUCAGCUUCAUCCAGAUAAGAAUGAUGCACCAGAUGCUGAUGUUAAAUUUCGGCAGGUAAGAGUUGUGUAUUACACGUUGAUAGGCGAGGCUCGUAGAGUUUAGUGAGGCUCUGACUGGCGCUCUCCUAUAUACUAUUACCGUCGUGCUCGCAAAAUGUCACUGCUGGAAAUUUCAAUCAUCCUGACAGUUGUUAUAUCCAUAACGCAGUAUCUUAUGGCCUGGGGUUCUUACAUUGAUAAGAAGCAUAGUUUGGAAGAGUUCCUCAUUCGAAAGUACAAGAUCAAAGACAGGAAGAAGAAGAAGGGUGAGGACCUGCAGAAUAUAUCAAAGAUGGAAGAAGAACUGAGUCUCAUCCCAAAACCCAGCUGGUGGAACAUUUUACCUGUUCAGCUGGUCAAACUGGUUAUAUUCCUGGUGACUGGAGGACCUGGCAUUGUGCGAGAGAUACUAGCUGGGAUCCAGAGAGAAAAAGAGAGGAAACUGAAGGAGAAGGAAGAACACGAGUUAGAAGAGAAAAGACUCAAAGAAAAGGAAGAAAAACGUAAAGAGAAGAAGGCAAGCAGAAAGGAGGCGCGCAAGAGGGUGAAUCAGUAUCCUGAAUACUCUGGCGGAGAGUGCAUCCUGGAGGCAGUGGAUGGCCCUGACUCCGAGGAUAGGGUUAUCAGAAAACCCAAAGCAGAGCCGUCCUCCAUUCCUGUAAUCACAGGAGGCCCCUGGACGGAUGAGGAAUUCUCCGAACUUGCGCGACUCAUGGCCAAAUAUCCAGGCGGGACUGUAGACAGAUGGGAGCGCAUUGCAGAGACAAUGGGUCGCACCGUUUAUGAGGUGACUAAAAUGUCCGAGAAGGUGAAAGCCCGACUUGCACAGCGAUUCUCAGAUAUGAAAUAUGAGGAAUCUAUGAAUGAGGUUAAGGUGAAAGUGAAAACAAGGGCAGAGAAAACAGACUUAGCUGGCGGCAGCGAUGAGGCCUGGAACACAGUCCAGCAGAAAGCCCUUGAAAAGGCACUGAAACAGUUUCCAAAGGGCACCGAUCAGAGAUGGGACAGAAUUGCAAAAGCUGUUCCUGAGAAAACCAAGGAGGAAUGCAUGCUACGCUUUAAAUUUCUGGCAGAGAAGAUUCGCAAGAAGAAGGAGGAAGCGGAGAAACAGCCAGAUGAUGACCAGCACAAUGAAGAACAGUCUGAGAACACACAUGAAGAGGAACUGGACGAGGCAGAACUCGAGUAUAAACCAAGCAGUAAAAAUAACCUCAUAAAAACAAAUAGCACAAAGGGAAACUCCUUACUGGGGGACGAUAGAGAGGAAGUUAGUCUAGACCAGAAUGCAGAAGGGGAGGAGGACAAUACUGAGUGACUUUAAACCCCUAGGUAAACAGUGGUUAUUUUUACUUCUCCUUAGAGAGUUGUUAUAUUUUGAUACAGUGUUAAACAUAGGGUAAUUUAUACAACUUUAGAUAGGAUAAAAUGAUGAUGUUUGUAUGACAAGGUGCUGGAGAUUGUGGCAGUGAGUAUCCUCACUCUAUUUUCCACUGAGUAAAAUACCAUGCUGUUGAGAUAUAUAUUUGUUUCAUAUUGAUGACUUACAAAAACUGAAUGAAAGACAGUAUUGUGGACUGUGUUAACAUUCUUUUAUGUGUACUUUAAACUGGAUUGCAGUGCUGUUUUUGGAAGGCAAUAUUAUGGGCUCUCGUACCAUAAUUCUAGGUGUAUUUCAAACUGAAUUGCAGUGGUGUUUUUCUCUUUUUUUUUCAUCUUUUUUUUUAUUAACUUUUUAACAGUCAAAUAUUCAAUUUAAAGAAAAUUAUGAAAAUGCUUAUUAAAAAAAAAAAAAACAUUUUUCCUUCUUAUGGAAAGCAAGUGACUCUCUAUUAGAAAUUAAGAAAAAGAAUGUCAAAAUCUUAAAUGAAAGAUAAAUAUUGAUGGAGUAUUAAAAGAAAAAUAUCUCAGAAUUUAUAGAUCUGAAGAUGUACUUAUCUGUCAAAUCAAAUCCAAAAUUAGAGACUUAGAAUUUCUUGGAUUAGAAGUUACAGUGUGUGUUUUUCUUGUGCAUGGAUGCCUGUAGAAAUAGAGAUAGAAAUUUUAAGACCAUUCAUUUUAUAUCACUUUUAUCAUUAGUUCAUAGAGACUGAUAUAAUGUAUAUACACAUUUAUGUAUCUAAACGUUUUUAUCAGUUUAGUUCAUUCUUAUAAAUGGAAAGAAAGUCAUUGUUAUGUCAAUUUUGUGUUCCUCUUCAGUACAACCAAAUCAGUUUUGGAUUUGUGUCACUGGAAAUAUUAAUGUUUAGUGAUAUUGUUUACAUAUUGUAGAUCAGUGGAAUUUGCUUAUUUAAUCUUUUUUACCUUUUUUUGUGUCAUUGUGUUCUUUUUCACAGAUUGGAAAAUGUCCACUGAAUGUCAGUAAUAUGAUUAUUGUAUUCACUCUUUAUCAUCUUCAGAUAAAAAAAAAAAAGUGGUGCUAUACAAAGGUUUUAUUCAAUAAUGCCCAUUUCUCCAAAGUAAGUGAAUUACCUUUGGUGUACAGACAAAUUCAUGAACUCUUUAUAAGAGUUUUAUAAGUCUCAUGCAGUCUCUCUUAAAUGUGGUGUUCUGUCACAGUUAUCUUAGGAGCAUCUUGUACUUUUAUACUUGCCAGGUCAGAAUCCCAAUAAUGUGUCUAUACAUGGCUCAGCAUUCAUGUCCGUAUGGAUAUAGAUAUAGUGUAAUAGAUGAGUGUUGGUAAAUUGGGGAUUUGUAUAUGGAUAUUUACAGACAGACUCAGAUGCCACUCUUGUAAUACUAUUAUAACUUGUCAAUGAAUGUGAGUAUUCCUUAAUGCAAGUUGAUAUACACUGAUUUGGUUCUGCCCAUUUAAAAAAGUGAAAAGUUGAGAGUGGAGUGAUAUUAGAGAGCAAGUUGAUUUGAGGGUAAUUUUGAGAGUGGUACGAUAUUAGAGAUUUGAUUUGAGGGCCUAAAGUUCAGUCACUUCAAGCAAUAAGGAUCACUAUUGAUGACUGCAUCGUAGGAGCCACAUUGAUACACACAUUAAUACUAUAUAAACAUGUUACAUGUAAAUACUUUAAAUUUGCAUCUAAAUGCUGCUAACAUAUGUGAACAAACACACAUAUACACAUUGAGUCUGGCAGUUUAUGCACAUACUGUAUAUAUGUGUAACUCAUCAAGUCUUUCCCAUCUAUCACUUGUAGGGUUACAUAUGUUUUUCUUUCCAUAAAGUUCAUCUAUUUAAAGUCAUACAUACAAGUAUCUGGUACCCUAGUCAAUUAGAGAGACCAAAUAUGCUUUUUUUUUCUGUCUUUCUUUUUCUUUUUUUUUUUCUUUUUUUUUAUGGAAUUGUGUAGAUUAAUUGGAAAUUUUGAAGAGCACUGUAAUUCUCCUUUUAUAAGUUACGAUGCCAAAUAUUUCUUUUUCCAGCCCCGAGUCCUGUGAUGUUAUUAUUAUUGGAAUAAAUACGUCCUAUAUAAAA